CUUGGAGUCAAAGAAUCUAGCAGAAGAAUCUUUGACAUAAAAAGAGAGAAAGCAGUUUUGAAAUUAUCGGAGGAUAAUUCUGAUGAUUCGGAUUCACAUAAUGAAUCCGAUGAAUCAGAUUAUCACGACGAUAGUUUCGAAGCAAGCACAUCUAAAAAUGUGCAUUAUCUCUCGGCCAAAGAUCUAUCAACACCAUUAGCCAAAAAAAACCAAGACAUCAUAAUUUAG